AUGUAUAAUCAGAUGGUAAGACCUCGAGCUCGUGGCACAGUUAGACUCGCAUCCAGAGAUCCAAAUGUAGACCCAAUUGUUGACCCAAACUAUUUAGGCGAUCCGUACGACAUGGACUCCACGGUUCAUGGCAUCAGAAAUAUGAUAACUCGCAUCUCAACUGUGGGUCCAUUUGCGGCUCAAACCCGAAGAAUAACGACAACAGUCCCGGGAUGUCGUAAAUGUGGUAACGAUGACGAGUGCGACGAGUAUCUCAGAUGUCUUGUGAGGCAAACGGCACAAGCAGUCUAUAGACAUGUUGGGACCUGUAGGUGCGGAUCAGCCGCUGAUAGCAAAGCAGUGGUCGACGAAAGACUGCGAGUGAUAAAUGUGAAGAGACUUCGUGUAGUGGACGCGUCUAUUAUGCCUCAAGGAGUCAACUCCAACCACUUGCCCGCAGCCGUUAUGAUCGCUGAAUAUGGCUCUCAAAUGAUCCAGGAUGAUAUGGUUUAG